AUGUUUAAAGGCGAUCGUAAUGAAGUAAAAAAUUACCUCAAACGAGCAAAUCAGCAACAGCAGGUGAUUUAUUCAUCCGGCACCUUUCUCCAGCCGGGCCGCGUCUACCGCUCCUCCAGCCAGGGGCCCCAGUCAUGCCUCUCCUCCGGCACCUCUCCUCAGACCCAGCCUUCUAGUCUCCAAAGCGUUAUUUCCACCCACGGUUCUUCUGGCUGUUCGGUGCGUUCAUAUUGGUUCCACCACCCAUCUAGCUUCCCUCAGUACGAACAAGGCCCAGAACAGAUACAUUUUUUUAUUCUUUUGUUGGGCUAUAUGGGUUGUGUGAUGAAGUUGUGGAUUUAUCUUGACCGAAUUGGCGCACUUUGA